GUACGUCCACACGCGUGGUGUGUGCAAGCCUCGUUGCAUGGAGCGUGGUGCGACAUCAGACCUGAUGGAUGAUUGGGACGAUACCAUGUUCCUGAUGGUUUUCGUCCUUCUGCAGUGCAUGAACCGAAGGAACGCGGCGGCGAUGGCUGUCCGGCAGGCAGCAGCUGCGAUGCCGACUUGUCUGUUGGGGUUGUCUUCCACCCUGUUGCAUCUCACGGGUGCGGUGAUGCACAGCAUGUCACUUGCGGGCGUGUUGGGCAGCGUGUUCAUCCGUCGUGUGGAUGGUCGAAGACACGUGUGGGAGUUGGAACGCACUGGGGGGGUGUGGAAGGACCUCCAAAGAGAGGGAGGCAGGCACGAGAAGGUCUUCCAGCAGUUCUGCAGACUUCCUCGGCCGCUGUUCAAUGAAAUUUUGGCUCGCAUAGCGCCACAUAUCCAGCGUCAGAUGACGAACUGGAGACAGCCAGUGCCGGCGGCACAGAAGUUUGCAUGCGCUCUCAUCAGGGGGGCGACGGGAGGUUACUACAGGCAGUUGGCGCAUGGUUUGGGGCUUGGCUUGGCGAGCGCGCUGCGGAGCAACAUCGAUGUCGCCGAUGCGGUGAUCAGGGAGUAUGGCCAUCUGCUCCAAUUCCCAACUGGGCAGAAGCUGCAAGAUACGCUGGACGCUUUCGAACGCAAAGGUUUCCCGGGGUGCGUGGGAGCCAUAGACUGCACCCAUGUGUACAUCGAGAAGCCUGCAGGUCAGAGGGGGGAGUGUUUCUAUGAUCGCACCGGCCAAUUCUCUGUCGUGGCACAGGCGGUCUGCGACCACGAGUGCCGAAUUCAGAGUGUUUUCGUGCUGCGUGGUGGCCGUACGAUUGGCAGGUACUUGCUCCGCGACACCGGCUACCCGCAGUUGCCGUUGAUUAUGACUCCAGUUGGGGGCAACUGCAGGAACGCGGAUGAACAGGUGUACGAUGAUUGUCACACCUCUGCAAAGUGGUGCAUCGAACGCACUUUCGGAAGAUUGAAGGUCGUGUGGAGGAACUUCAUCAGGACACAGAUUGGAAAUAUGAAAACCCUUCGCAAAGAGUUCAUGGCCAUUUGCAUACUUCACAACCUGAUUGUGCAACACAGGGUGCAGGUGGAUCCUGAACUGCUAUCCGGCGACAGUGAUAGUGAUGGUUGUGAUGUGCAAAGCCGACGUCAGCGAGGGUGUCCACGUCCGCAAACGCGGCAUGCACCUUGUCCGCCCCCCCCGAAGAAAGACGCAGCAUGUGCUAUUGAGUUGGGGAACGAAUUGAGGGACUGUCUCACAGCCGUGUUCACGGGGCUCCUCCGCCAAAGCCUUGGCAGCGAUGAUGCCGGGGGGGGGUGGGGGAGGGGGUUGGCAGCACAAAUUUUGAGCAGACGUAAUCAUUAUUUUGUCCAAUUUGUCAUUCUCGUUAGACACUGACUCGACGGAUGCUCUCUCUCUCUCUCUCUCUCUCUCUCUCUCUCUCUCUCUCUCUCUCUCUCUCUCUCU